AACAUUGGCUUAAUGUUAUCUACAUGUUUCCUCUUUUCAGCAUUGAUCAGGUAUUGAAAUCGUCAGUGUACAAGGAUUAUAUAGAACGUGCAUUGGCGGAGGCAACUCUGAACCUAGUGGCUGAAAUCGUUCUGGGAAAGAGGAGCAGAAUCGGCGAGUUUGCUUCUCGACGAUGGUGGCUGCCUCGUUCUCCAGAUUUUGACCAUGAAUUGGAUAUGCUGGAAGCUGGUUUAAAAUCUCUUGGAGCUGGUAUGGCCGUUAUCCGCAAGCAGAGAGCGGAACUGAAACAGGCACUUCUGCGUGAAACGUCAGAGCUUCCCCAUCCUCCUUCAGGUUUGUCCGUAUAAAAUUUCGAGAUGAGUUGUCUUUCCUGUAUCCUGAACAAUACGCUAAAAUACUAUUUUAGUUUCAGGCCAAACCAGAGUGUUAUCUAUGUGAAAUAACGGAUUAUGAUUCUAAUUAUCAUUAUCCUUAAUUUUGCAGGCCCUAUCGAAAGUGUCUUCUGGAGGGCGCUACCUUACAGGGGACUAAAGCAUAUGUUAAGGGCGUGGUGGCGCAGUUGGUUGACAACUGCUUCUAGUAGCUAAAGAGCGAUCCCGAGAGCGCUACCUUCAAUACAGACUAGCUUCUUACUGAUAAAAUUUCAAAAACAAAGCUGACAAAUUAGGAUCAAGAAUUGAGAACCAACUAACUAACUAACAAACAAGAAAUUGAGUGAUUCUAGGGUAAAUUAACAAAUGUAUCGCUCCACUAAAUAUUUGCACAAAUAUACCCUUCUAAUAUUAAAACGUAAACUACAACGUUUACUCUCUCUUACUUUACCUUCUCAUCUUUACUCUCCCCCUUCUCUCUAAAAACUCUUAGCUUCCUCUGCCUUCCAUGGCUGCCGUCGGCUCCUUUUGGUGACCGGCGGCAGCCCAUGCCCUUUCUUUUCCUUGCUUUUUUCUUGUUUUCAUGUCGUCGUUUCUUGUGGCCUUGCUAUAGGCUUUUUCAUAUUCGGAUUUCAAUCUCUCCAGCCGUUAUGGCGUUUCAGAUCUAGGAUUUUCCUGUUCAAGGCUUGCUCGUUUGGGGGACCUGGUGUUAGCAGCUUGGAGUCUCGAUCUGACCCUUGCGUUGGUUGGUCUUCCAGGUUGGUGGUCUCAUCUCUUUUGAUGAAGCCAUUCUCAUCUUUCCUUCUCCGACCUCCCCAGGAUGUGGGUGUUGCUUGGUUGGUCGUCGGUUUGUGGAAGUGAGUCUUCUCCGGUUGUGGCGAUGGAAAUCGGUUCAGCGGUGGCCUUUGAACCUCUUCAGAACCCGAUCUCUCUUCCUGGCCCCUCUGCCUUCUCAGCUUGGAGCAUUCUGGUUCAUAUCCUUCUCCACCGCCAUGUAAUCUUCAAUCCGAGAUUCACUGUGAUGGAUGUCUUCGAGCAAUCCCCAGGAGGCGGCACAUGGCUUUGCUUUGCUCAACAGUCAUGGAUUUCGAUAUGAUCAGACAAGCUGACCCUAAUCUUGUUGUGUUUUGAUUGAUUGGUUGCAAGAGGGAUUUGUGGUUCCUGUUUUGGUCCGUGUGUUUGGAUCUUUUGUGUGAUUGGUUUUCAUUCUGUGCAUUGGGUCGCCCUUGUUGCAUCCUUUGAGCACAGUUUGUUAAUCGGUGGUUCUGGGUUUCUCUCCUCUCACUGGAUCCAUUUCGUUGGUUCCUCGUGUCCUUCUUGUAAUUGAUUCAGUUGAAAUGCAAUAAAGAUUCCUCCUUGUCAAAAAAAAAAUAUAUAUUAAAACGUAAGUUUCUGUACUGUCCAAUUAUAUGUUAAGUGGCAGAUAAAGAGGUUGUAAAAUGAUCUAAUUAUUUCUCAUUUUCUUCCCUUGAUCACUAGGGAUCACUAGGGAUGGCAACAAAACCCGAACCCACGGGUACCCACCCAACCCAACCUGGUUAACGCGGGUAAAACCCGUGUUGACGGGUUUUGGGCUUGGUUUGGGUUUAAACCCGCUACACUAUCAUCGGGUUGGGUUGGGUUUGGAUUUAGGUAAAUCCGCACCAUGGGUACUUGGCCACACACAUAUUAUUACUUUCUCGGUAUAUUUAAUAUUCUAAAUAAUAUAUCUUCCUUAAACAACUAAUAUUCUUUAUGUUUGUGGAGACAUGUAUACUUUGUUCUUUCUAAUUGUUUAGAAUGAAGUUGAUAUUAUGAAGUGGAGAGUGAAGAAACUUAGUUGACGAGGAAGAAACUUUCAAUUAAUCUUAUUGUAUAUAGAUGUUUAUCUUUAAUUUUGAACAAUUUGUAUUGAUCAUUUGCGGUUUGCUUGUAUGCUCUAGAUUGGUGUUUUUUGUAUGAAUAAUUUGUAUGAGAAAAUUGAUGUAACUUUUAUUUUGAAAGAAACUUGUUAUUGUAAAUUUUUUACCACAAAAACCCACGGGUACCCAUGAACCCGUGGAUACCCAGCGGGUUGGGUUUGAGUUUUUCAAACCCAGCGGGUUUUACCCCGGGUUUUUGUGGCGGAUAAACCCAUAGGUUUGGGUUUGACAAAACCCGCCCCAACCCGCCCCAUUGCCAUCCCUAGUCACUGAGAUUACAAAAAACGUUCAUGUUUGGUCACUGAAAAUAAUUAAAUCCAAUCUUGGUCACUCAAAUAAGUUAAACGGUUCAAAUUUGGUCACUCUCCGUUACCUUCCGUUAGUUUUUGUUAAGCUAGACGUGUUUUGUUCAGAGUCUGGAGAAUGGACAAAGGAGGCUUUUGAAUGGGAUCGUUGUAGUGGAAUGGCAACGAAAGGUGUAAUUUCUUGCAAUGGGGAGUUGUUUUUGUUCUACAAUCGAAAUGGUCCCGACGGCAUGCACACUCUGGUGGAUGGAUUUAAUCCUUUUCGCCUUGAUGUGCCUCCCACUCCAAUAGAUAUUUCUGCCUUCCUUGUGUAUCCUCGGUGGUCUAUUUCCAGCUCACAAGGCGUUGCACGUAGUUGCAAAGGAACAUGAAGCCAUGCCUGCUCGUUUGAGCGUCUGGAGGCUGGCAGAAGACCGUAAAUCUUGGAAGAAACAAUGCGAGGGGUUGGUGUCAGUGGCGGAUACAUGUAGCUUUAGGGAUGUCCCGUGACACCCCUAAAAUUUGGUUGAACGAUUAUUCAACUCUCAGUAGUAGUUUCGUAUGGUUUAAAAAAAUAUAAUUGGUAAUUCGGGACACCUCUAAAAUUUGAAAAAACGAUUAUCAUACCUUUAGUAGAAGUUUGUAUAUUAAAAAAAUAUAUGCGAUAGUAUGUGUUAUUCAAACCUAUGACACUUAUUAUUAAACAUAUUCUCAAUGAGGUUGCAACUCAUUUGUUGUUUAAUUUUAAACACUAUAUAUAUGCAGUGGCGGAUCCAGAAAAUUUUUAUAGGAGUGUCCUAUUCCAAAAAUUAAAUUUAAUUAAAAAUUAAAUUUAAU